GAAGAAAUGUUUACUAUUUGGCGAUGAGAAAGUGGUGAAAACUGACCUCAUACUGGUAUACAAACACUAUGGGACCUGACAGUCUUGCUGCAUGGGCAGCCGGCCCCCACUGAUAAUGUGGGGAAGCCAUCAGGUCCACUGGAAAACACUAAUCUGAUCUUGGAAGUGGCUGAUUGUGGCAGGAUGUGUCGACGAUGAUGAUGGCAAGAAAGCAAGAUGUCCGCAUUCCCACCUACAACAUCAGUGUGGUGGGAUUGUCUGGGACCGAGAAGGAGAAGGGCCAGUGUGGCAUUGGGAAGUCUUGUCUCUGCAACCGCUUCGUGCGCCCGAGUGCUGAUGAAUUUCACUUGGACCAUACCUCUGUCCUCAGCACCAGUGACUUUGGUGGGCGAGUGGUCAAUAAUGACCACUUUCUCUACUGGGGAGAAGUUAGCCGUUCCCUGGAGGAUUGUGUGGAAUGUAAGAUGCACAUUGUGGAACAGACUGAGUUCAUCGAUGAUCAGACUUUUCAACCUCAUCGAAGCACGGCCCUGCAGCCCUAUAUUAAGAGAGCUGCUGCAACCAAGCUCGCAUCAGCUGAAAAACUCAUGUACUUUUGCACUGACCAGCUGGGGCUGGAGCAGGACUUUGAGCAGAAACAAAUGCCAGAUGGAAAGCUGCUGAUUGAUGGUUUUCUUCUUGGUAUUGACGUUAGCAGGGGCAUGAAUAGGAACUUUGAUGACCAGCUCAAGUUUGUGUCCAAUCUCUACAAUCAGCUUGCAAAAACAAAAAAGCCCAUAGUGGUCGUCCUGACUAAGUGUGAUGAGGGUGUUGAGCGGUACAUUAGAGAUGCACAUACUUUUGCCUUAAGCAAAAAGAACCUCCAGGUUGUGGAGACCUCAGCAAGAUCCAAUGUAAACGUGGACUUGGCUUUCAGCACCUUAGUGCAACUCAUUGAUAAAAGUCGGGGAAAGACGAAAAUCAUUCCUUAUUUUGAGGCUCUCAAGCAGCAGAGUCAGCAGAUAGCUACGGCAAAAGACAAGUAUGAGUGGCUGGUGAGUCGUAUUGUGAAGAACCAUAACGAGAACUGGCUGAGUGUCAGCCGAAAGAUGCAGGCCUCUCCUGAGUACCAGGACUAUGUCUACCUGGAAGGGACUCAGAAAGCCAAGAAGCUGUUUCUCCAGCACAUCCACCGCCUCAAGCACGAGCACAUUGAGCGCAGGAGAAAGCUGUACCUGGCAGCCCUUCCGUUGGCUUUUGAAGCUCUUAUACCCAAUCUAGAUGAAAUAGACCACCUAAGCUGCGUAAAAACCAAAAAGCUCUUGGAGACCAAGCCAGAAUUCCUGAAGUGGUUUGUCGUGCUUGAAGAGACACCGUGGGAUGCCACGAGCCACAUUGACAACAUGGAGAAUGAACGGAUUCCCUUUGACUUGAUGGAUACUGUCCCUGCCGAGCAGCUGUACGAGGCCCACUUAGAGAAGCUGCGGAAUGAGAGGAAAAGAGCUGAGAUGAGAAGGGCAUUUAAGGAAAACCUGGAGACCUCUCCCUUCAUAACUCCUGGAAAGCCUUGGGAAGAGGCCCGUAGUUUUAUUAUGAAUGAAGAUUUCUACCAGUGGCUGGAAGAAUCUGUAUACAUGGAUAUUUACGGCAAACACCAAAAGCAAAUUAUAGACAAAGCAAAGGAAGAGUUUCAGGAGCUGCUUUUGGAAUAUUCAGAAUUGUUUUAUGAGCUGGAGCUGGAUGCUAAGCCCAGCAAGGAGAAGAUGGGUGUCAUUCAGGAUGUUCUGGGGGAGGAACAGCGAUUUAAGGCAUUACAGAAGCUCCAAGCAGAGCGCGAUGCCCUUAUCCUGAAGCAUAUUCAUUUUGUGUAUCACCCAACCAAGGAAACAUGCCCUAGCUGCCCAGCUUGUGUGGAUGCUAAGAUUGAGCACUUGAUUAGUUCUCGGUUUAUCCGGCCAUCUGACCGGAAUCAGAAAAAUUCACUCUCUGACCCCAACAUUGAUAGGAUCAACUUGGUUAUCUUGGGCAAAGAUGGCCUUGCACGUGAGUUGGCCAAUGAGAUUCGAGCUCUUUGUACAAAUGAUGACAAGUAUGUGAUAGAUGGUAAAAUGUAUGAGCUUUCCCUGAGGCCAAUAGAAGGGAAUGUUAGGCUUCCUGUGAACUCUUUUCAAACGCCAACAUUUCAGCCCCAUGGCUGUCUCUGCCUUUACAAUUCAAAGGAAUCUCUAUCCUAUGUGGUGGAGAGUAUAGAGAAGAGUAGAGAGUCCACACUUGGCAGGCGAGAUAAUCAUUUAGUCCAUCUCCCCCUGACGUUAAUCUUGGUUAACAGGAGAGGAGAUACCAGUGGAGAGACCCUGCAUAGCUUAAUACAACAAGGUCAGCAGAUUGCCAGCAAACUGCAGUGUGUCUUUCUCGACCCUGCUUCUGCUGGCAUCGGUUAUGGACGCAACAUUAAUGAAAAGCAAAUCAGUCAAGUUUUGAAAGGACUCCUGGACUCCAAGCGUAACUUAAACCUGGUCAGUUCUACUGCUAGCAUCAAAGAUCUGGCUGAUGUUGACCUGCGAAUUGUCAUGUGUCUGAUGUGUGGAGAUCCUUUCAGUGCAGAUGACAUACUCUUUCCUGUCCUUCAGUCCCAAACCUGUAAGUCUUCCCAUUGUGGAAGCAACAACUCUGUUUUACUUGAACUACCAAUCGGACUCCACAAGAAGCGCAUUGAACUGUCUAUUCUUUCGUACCACUCCUCAUUUAGCAUCAGAAAAAGCCGGUUGGUCCAUGGGUACAUUGUUUUUUAUUCAGCCAAACGUAAGGCCUCCUUGGCUAUGUUACGUGCCUUUCUUUGUGAAGUGCAGGAUAUUAUCCCCAUUCAGCUGGUUGCACUCACUGACGGCGCUAUAGAUGUCCUGGACAAUGACUUAAGUCGGGAGCAGCUGAGUGAGGGGGAGGAGAUUGCUCAAGAAAUUGACGGAAGGUUCACAAGCAUCCCCUGUAGCCAACCCCAGCAUAAACUUGAGAUCUUCCACCCAUUUUUUAAAGAUGUGGUGGAUAAAAAGAACAUAAUCGAGGCUACUCAUAUGUACGAUAAUGCUGCCGAGGCCUGUAGCACCACGGAAGAGGUGUUUAACUCCCCCCGAGCGGGCUCUCCACUCUGCAACUCAAACCUGCAGGAUUCAGAAGAGGAUAUUGAGCCCCCUUCUUACAGCUUGUUUCGAGAAGACACGUCACUGCCCUCUUUGUCCAAAGACCAUUCUAAGCUCUCUAUGGAACUGGAGGGAAAUGAUGGGCUGUCUUUCAUCAUGAGUAAUUUUGAAAGUAAACUGAACAACAAAGUACCUCCACCAGUCAAACCAAAGCCUCCUGUCCAUUUUGAUAUUACAAAGGGGGAUCUGUCUUAUUUAGACCAAGGCCAUAGAGAUGGACAGAGGAAGUCUGUGUCUUCUAGCACCUGGCUACCUCCGGAUGGGUUUGAUCCUUCUGAUUAUGCUGAACCCAUGGAUGCUGUGGUCAAGCCAAGGAAUGAAGAAGAAAACAUAUACUCAGUGCCCCAUGACAGCACCCAAGGCAAAAUCAUCACCAUUCGGAAUAUCAACAAAGCCCAGUCCAACGGCAGUGGCAAUGGCUCUGACAGUGAAAUGGACACCAGCUCUCUGGAGCGAGGCCGCAAGGUCUCCAUCGUGAGCAAGCCAGUGCUGUACAGGACGAGAUGCAGCCGGCUAGGGAGGUUUGCCAGUUACCGAACCAGCUUCAGUGUGGGGAGCGAUGAUGAGCUGGGGCCCAUCCGGAAAAAAGAGGAGGAUCAGGCAUCUCAAGGUUAUAAAGGGGACAAUGCCGUCAUUCCCUAUGAAACAGACGAAGAUCCAAGGAGGAGGAAUAUUCUUCGCAGCCUAAGGAGGAACACUAAGAAACCAAAGCCCAAACCCCGGCCAUCCAUCACAAAGGCAACCUGGGAGAGUAACUAUUUUGGGGUGCCCUUGACAACUGUCGUGACUCCAGAGAAGCCCAUCCCUGUUUUUAUCGAGAGGUGUAUUGAGUACAUUGAAGCUACAGGACUGAGCACUGAAGGCAUCUACCGGGUCAGCGGGAAUAAGUCUGAGAUGGAGAGUCUGCAGCGACAGUUCGACCAAGACCACAACCUGGACUUGGCAGAGAAAGACUUUACAGUGAAUACCGUGGCUGGUGCCAUGAAGAGCUUUUUCUCAGAGCUGCCAGACCCCCUGGUCCCGUACAACAUGCAGAUUGAUCUGGUGGAGGCUCACAAAAUCAAUGACCGGGAGCAGAAGUUACAUGCCCUUAAGGAGGUACUCAAGAAAUUUCCAAAGGAAAACCAUGAAGUCUUCAAAUAUGUCAUCUCUCACCUGAACAAAGUCAGCCACAACAACAAGGUGAAUCUCAUGACCAGUGAGAACCUUUCCAUCUGCUUCUGGCCCACCUUGAUGAGACCCGACUUCAGCACCAUGGACGCCCUCACGGCCACGCGGACCUACCAGACAAUCAUUGAGCUCUUCAUCCAGCAGUGCCCCUUCUUCUUCCACAAUCGGCCCAUCAGUGAGCCUCCUGGUGCCACGCCCAGCUCCCCCUCUGCCGUGGCUUCCACCGUCCCCUUCCUCACCUCCACACCUGUCACGAGUCAGCCAUCACCCCCCCAGUCCCCUCCGCCCACCCCCCAGUCCCCCAUGCAGGCCUUGCUCCCCUCCCAGCUUCAAGCAGAACACACGCUAUGAGCCACCAAGGCCUGGGGCAAAAGGAGACCUUCUCUCUUCCACGGGGUGGCGUUUGGCCUUGAACAAAACCAGGUCCACUGGGAUAGGGGUGGGGAGAGUGUCCCCUCUCCCCUGUUACCUUCUCAAGACCUCAGCGCCAGCACCAGCCCCAGUCUACCGUGGGCUGGGCUGUCAGGCCCCCUGAGCCCAGCGCUGCAUACCUGGAGCUGUUCGCAGCCGCCAGGGGGCGCCCUGCCCUUUGACUUGGACCCUUUUGAGGCCUGCACUGGCCAGGCAGUGGCCCCCGUGGCCCUCGGCACGCUCAAUGCUCCCAGACCACCUCCCCCACCUGCCCCCGCAUACCAGCCUCGGGGCAUCCACCGCUGCUUGGACAGAGCCCUGGCCUCUGCCAACGGGAGGAGGCUCCGAGAUUUGGGCCGCCCCGGGGUGGGGCCGGCAGCCCCCGCAGAGAACAAUUCCCAUCCGUCUCAUCUGUCUCUUCCCACCUUCCAUAUCGGCACCCCCACCCCUGUUACGUGAGCCCCUGUCCAGUAGCCUCCCCGGGAACACACAGGCCACAGCUCUGUCAACCCAAGGUACAGUGCUGGGGGUGCUGGCCCGGCAGGUCAGAACAGGGAGGGUGGCUGUGUGCCGGGACCAGGAGUGUGUGGCUUCCCCUCUGCUUCCCACACGCCCCCUCCCACUUCCCAGGCUUUGGGGAUACAGUCCCUGUAAAACAGAACACUGGAAGAAACGUGGAAAAAAAUCCCCAGUAACUUACAAAAGAAAGAGGAAGACACUACAGACCUCAGGAUUGACCCCUCCUCCCACCUCUCAGAGAAGCAAGCAGGUGGUCACAGCGAAACCAGGAUGCCCAAGGGUGGUGGCCAGAGAAGCUGUGGGGGUCCCGCUUACAGCCUGUCACCAGAUCCCCUUUCCCCAAGAAGACAGUUUAAGCCCUUGGUGGGAAGAGCUUGGGAGACCAGCCUGGAUCCUGGUCUGCUUUGGAAGACACUACAGUGCUGUGGGAACACUAUUCUUGUGUGCGUCUGGGUGUGUGCGGGUGUACGCGUGCGUGUGUGAGUGCUUGUGCACGUGGGGGUAUGCCUUUUCGAGAGGGCACAGCUGGGGGGACGCUGGGUGUACCUGGCGUUUGGUUUAGUGUGUUUGCUGUUGGAGUGGAGUCAUUUUCAUCCUGGGCUGCAGACCACCGCCGGCCCAGCGGUGUUCAUGGGAAGUGGGCGAUGUGUGGAGAAGUGUGGUCGGCCCGUUCCUGCACGGGGACAACCUUUGUGCUCCCAGGACUAGGAGGGCCUGGAGGGACAAAAGUCACAAUCUGUCAGAGUCACGGGCGUGCCGUGCCUGCCUGUCACACACAGCCUGUGGCCCUCCCUAGCCCUUCCUGGGAAAUGGCCUUUGCCUCGGCUUCCUGGCCUUCCCACUGAUCCCUGGAGAACCCUUCGCAUGCCCCACCUUUUGUCCCCCAAACGCAGCGAUCCUGCUAAGGCUGCUGCAGAUACUGGCUGCCCUCCCACUCCUUGUGGCCGGGCCGUGGCCUCUGCGACCGGGAAGCCUGACACGGAGGCGCCGUGGGCUUCGGGGCCCUGCAGGCCACGCAGCCUCCAGGUCUCUUUGCACUUUAAGAAGCAACGCCUGUGGUAGGUUCGACAAUGCCCUGGGUCCCCUCAGCCGGGUGGCCUGACAGCUGCCUCGCUCGGGACAGCCUCGAGCCCCAGACCCUGGCUGUCGGCUGUUGGAGGGUCGGGUAGGCCCUGCGCUCGCUGACUUCUUCCUCUGGAUAAGCUGGAUACCUUACUGUUAAUAGUUCUUGUUCGGCAAGAUAAGGUGCUUGGAAAACUGUCCCUGCAAGUUUUACCACCUCUUUUUAAGAACACUAGUCAAAAAACAAACCUAAGGUACAUGAAUGUUGAUGUAAAUGUUGGGUGAGGGAUCUCUUCUCUGGUGGCUCUGUGCCCGAUGCUCGAGGUCAGGGUUGGCAGGAAGGUGACGGGUGGGGUUGUGACUGGUUGGCAGACCCGCGGCCCUGGCUCUCCAGCCCCCUCUGCUCGGAGUCCCGGGCAGGUGAGGAAAUCACUCCAUUGAACGAAUCUCCCUUUUUCUAGAUCAUGCUCACCUACCCACUCCGAGGCAGCCCCUCAGGUAUUGGGUGGAGGUGGUCUGGGACCACCAUCCCUUGUGUGAACUGAAAAGUAGCCCGGUCCCCCUCCCAUCACCCCACCCACCCACCCCCGUGAGCAGUUUCCUCCACCGCCUCCUUUGCCACCCCCCACCACCACCUGCAUGCCUGGGCUGUGCCCCAGGAACUGGCCAAAGCCCCUAAGCUCCCCCCAUCCCUGAGACUGUACAGACGUACAGAUAGGUGGUGACUUUUCUGGGAGUGUGGGCAGGGGCGGCUUACCAACAAGGGACAGCGGCUUUGUGUCCUUGCCCUGGUGGAAGUGGCGGGAGCCAGGCAUCUCUGGGGUAGCCUCUGGGCCAACAGCAUCCCCUGCCAGCCAGCUCGGGGAGCCGCAGGAGCCCCUUCACCUGGCUGUGCCCGGUGUCCUGCUGGGGCUUAAAGGAUGCACAGGAGGGACCUGGUGGCUCAUGCACCGAAAGAGCCACCGGGGGCAGGAAGCGCCGGGGGUUCCUCUUGUUUCCAUUUCUUCUGUCAGGUCUAGCUUCUAGUUUUCUGUUUCUCCAGACUGACUAGGACUGGGGGUUUCUCUGUCAUUCUGGGUUGGCGUUGCCCUGCGUGGUAGCUGGGGGCCCUGGGCCUGGGGUUCGCACCCAGACCGAAUGGGCACUUGGACGGGAGCCACAGAGGCAAGCCGGGGCGUGUGUUGGGACGUGCUGCCGUAAAUGAAGUGCUACCCACCCCUCGAGUCCAUCCAGCGUGUGAAGCUCCGAAGAGUGCUUUCGCGAUGAUUCUCCCGAGAGCAGCCCCGCGGGCCUGGAAUCGAGGGAAGGGCAGGCAUUAGUCAGCCUUGGCCAGAAUGGGGGAGCAGGUCAGCAGAGGUGACGGGACUAAAUAGCGGUUUGGUUUGCCCGGGAGCUCUCUCCCUGGCCCAUGUUCCACAUCCACAAGAGAAUAGUUGCCGUGUUCGGUGGAAGUGAACAGCCCUCGGUUGUGAGCGGAAGGCUGAUUCUGGCUCUGACACGGACGCUUCCGUGGAGGAGGGGGUCCAAGGUUGAGCGGCAUGCCUUGUGAAUGCGCCCUGAAUUCUUGGCUGUGUUGCGUAUUGGGGAUCACACACGGCACAUUUAUUCCUGCGCUCCGUCACGUCGUUCUUCCCAUCACUUGACGUUCUGGAGUGCUGAGGAACAGUACUGUUCCCUGUGUUCUACACCCUACCCUCCUGCCACCUUGGUCUUCCUGCCGCGAGGCAGGAAGCGUGCUGCCAGGUGUGAUUCUUCUAGCAGAAUUGGUUGGGCUCUGCCAGGUGGACAGAGGGCGACAUCAUAGGAGCAGCGUGCUGGGCAGGAGGGGCCUGGAGCGCGCACCUGCCCCUGGCCUUGCGCUAGGGCCCUGGUCCCCUGGUCUCGGGGGGAGGCCUGGAGGGCGGUCCAUCCUCAGCCCCGAAACUUGAAAAGCAUGCUACGUUGGUGAAAACCCUGUCCCUCUGGGCCCCCUUCCCCUUCCUGCAAGGACAGCCACGCUGCUUUGGCGUUUCCGAGAAAGGAGCGGACACCGUCUCGCUGCCACUGAGAGCACCGCCCAGCCGCCGUGUGGCCAAAAGAAGGAGGCCCCAGGGGCUUGGGCUCCUUUCUGGGGGCCGCCCCGCGGACGGGGACAGCCGGCACUGCACUCGCUCCCGGGCCUCGCCGACUCCGCAGAUGGUGGACGAGGAGUCGCCCUCCUGUUGCUUGGCAGGUUCAAGCCACUCGUCUGCGCUUAGGUGAAAGGACAAGGACGGACCGAGUCACGCCUGGGACCUGCUGGCGAGGGGGGGCAGAGUGAGGGGAAAGGCCAUUCUCUCUCAAGGUGGCGGGGCCGCGGCCGGGGAGGGUCCUUCCCUCCUGGGGAGCCGGCCCCGCGCUCACGGCAGUCAGGUUACACUUUCAUGUAGUCGAGACAGGGCCUAAGUUAUUGUUUGCAUUAAAAAGAAUCCUGUUCCCUGUGUAUAUAAAAAAAGAAAAAAAGGAAAUGUCUGGAUUGUAUGGGAAUAAAACUUGUUUGAAAAUUUGGAAUAGUGCUGCUGCCAGCUUAUUUUUCUGGUACUUGUAUUUUCACAUGUUAAAUGAUCUUUAUAUAUGUUGAAUUAACAAAUAUUUUGAGUUUCCUGAGAAAAAAAGCAUAUUAAUGGUAUUGAAAUGUGUUAGUAGUCUGGCCGUGUGCCUAAAUUUCUGUUUUGCAGCAAAAGUGGAGAACUGUAUGUAAAGAAAGUAUAACAAUUAUUUCUUUGUAUUUUAGGGGCUUUAACCAGGACAUCCUCUAGUUGGUGUUAGGAAUGUUUGCUUAAUUUCCAGAGCUUUUUUUUUUUUAAACACGUUGUGGGUUUUUUGAGGCUCCAACCUGAUUAGUGCAUGGUCAGCCAUCAACUACGGCUGAGGCAUCUCUGACUGAGGUGGUUUUGUUUGGUUUUGUUUUUUAAAAUCAUGUAUUUGCUACAAAGUAUUGUACUCGUCUCAAUGGGAAUGGUGUAAAAAACUGAAAAGGCCUUAUGUGAUAUGUAUCAUAGUUAAUAAAUCAAUCUUGUAAAAAACCAAA